ACUGAGCAAAGACAUAACCCUUCUGCACUGGUGCACCGCUGCCCGGAGACAGCUCAGGCUUUCUAGAAACAGAGGUUCAUUCUUUUCGCCGAGCUGCUACAAUGGAUCCCUACGCAUCCUCAAGACAACGGAACAAGGGAAAAUUUGCGGUGGUCGAUGAGUUCUUAGGCCCCAACGAGUCGCCCCCGCAACCCAUGGACGAGGCCGAGCAGGAGGCGCUCAUUCGCGAGUUCGAGGCCAUCUCCGCCUCCAGUCGGCGCAUGUGGCAGCUAGUGUGGGGCCUGGUAGCGCUGAGCGGAGCCGCCUUCUACGCCUGGAGUGCAUGGCAGCAACACGUGGAGCCGUGGGGCGUGAGGUACACGGGCGUGUUCCGCCCCGUGUUGGACAGCUCGGGCGCGGCGGUGGCGGUGCUGGCCAGCCAGGCGGCGGCCAUGGCGUUGGCGGCGGCGGCGCUGCUCAGCAACGUGCCGCCCAAGGGCCACCGGGAGCUGGGCUGCAUGCCGAUGGCGUCGCGGCAGCGGCUGCUGGGGCUCACGGGCGCGGCGGUUGGGUGCGCGGGCGCGGCGUUCUGGUUCAGCGCCAUGUGGCGGCUGGCUAAGCGGUUUGGGUGGGAGAACGGCGUGCACCUGGAGGCGCUGUGGCUGCCCACACUGCCCGUCACGUGCUGCCUGCUGUGCACCUACGUGGCCAGCAGCCUGGGAGACACGGAGAAGCAGGUACAAAACCUCCGAGACAUGCGGUACCGCUUUAAGAAGGCGUAGACGCCAGCAGCAGGCAGCAAGGCCGCAAUGACAGAGCCGUGCUCUUGGCCAGCAAGCGCAGAGCUUUGCAGUGGAACUAACGCAUAGCAUGUGGUAUCAUUACAUGCGGGUACUGUAGUUGGGCUUUCGAUCAGGCCUGGGAGGCCUGUCGUAGAUUCUCCACGGGAUCAGGCACCGUGUCAGGAUCAUGCAUAUGAGUCAUUAAUCCAUUCGUUGUCGGCUGAUUGGAAUGCAUGCACAUCGCCUCACAUUGCAAGGGCCCUGGCACGCGACACAAAUUGUAACCCGCGUUGUCGAGUGGUCUCCAGUGGAUGCGGCAUGAAGCUCAUUGGCACCUUAGCCCCAAUGCAGCACGUGGGACAGGCGUGGGAACCCCCAGCCCCAGUCAUGAGUCCUGUCAGCACAACCAGCAGCCCGAGUCAGUAAACUGCAUGCACCAGUCCGCCAGCCAAAAUGCCAAGUCAUAGGUGUCGUGUGACGCUAGAAUGUACCACACGGCCCUGACCUGCAGACACAGCUCCCAGCCUCCCCUGCCAGCUUCACACACCUUUACAUCGCCUCAGUCGGCAGUCCCCACGCACCCUCCGCCGGUAGUCAUACUAGUCAUACUUAUGCGGAGCGCUCGGCUUCGGCCACAGAAGCUUCGCUUGACGUGCGCUAGCACCGUUCCGGUAAUGUUGUGCUACCGCCCGGCGCCCGGUGUUGGUUACGACCACCGGGGCG